CCAUGAUACGUAAAUUACCUGUACUGACUAUUGGGAAACAUGGCGAUAGAAAUGGGCCGUCCAGCAGUGUUCCUGUUUUGGAUAAUUUUCUUAUGGUCAAGAUCAGUACUACUUCUUGGAGCAGAAUCGGCUAUCCUCGUAUCUUUCGAGGGCACUUCCCUUAGUGGAAUAUACAUUUACGAGGGCGAUAGUGCCAGCGUCACGAAGACAUCACCAUAUAAUUUCACCAGCUUUGGAUCAAGUAAUGUUCAGAUCAGGAGCAUGGAUGUUAAUGUGGCCAAUGGAUCCAUCUACUUCUUUGAAAGAAUUUCUCGAUGCAUAUAUCGUUUGCAUUCAGGCAAUGUCCAAAAUGUCCACUGCGGGAUUUCAAGUUCUUUAUUCACCUCGAUAGCGUAUGAUUGGGUCAGUGGAAACAUGUACUGGACAGACGGCUUCUUUAACUGGAUAGCGGUACAGCCUGCUGGUGCAACUGACAAGAGCAUGUUCAGGGUCAUAAUCCAGGACGAUAUAGAAAACCCGAGUGCACUUGCAGUGGAUGCUGUAGCAGGGUAUGCGUUUUGGUUUGAUAUAUCACAAUCUGGCUACCGGAUAGAACGGUCAUUGCUUGAUGGAACCUUCCGAACCCCAAUCAUCACUACUAGCCUGUUGAACGUAAACGAUAUUGAAAUAGACGUUGCCGAAAGAAGGCUUUACUGGACAGACGAGUGGAGAUAUUCCAUUGAAACUUCACUAUAUGAUGGAACAGACCGUAAAGUUUUGUACAAGCAGUUGAAUGCAAAAUUUCGUUCCAUUACUGUAGAUACGAACCAUGUGUGCGCGACUUUAUAUGACGAACAAUGGUGGAAUUGUUAUUCCAAAUCAACCGGAAGCUUUCAUUUUUACCGUUCAAGCGAGUUUGAUUUAACGGACCUAGUCAUCAUUACCAUGUAUAAGGAAGACCUGAAGCCUCCUGUGACUAAUGGAUGCUCGACAUUGGGAUGUGAACACUUUUGUGUGAACCUCCGACCUAAUGGUAAAUGUAUGUGUAAGGAGGGAUAUACGCUGGAUACAGACGGAUUACACUGUACAGAAAACCAUCCGCUUUAUAGUAAAGCAUUUGUGAUGUCCAACUCCACCAACAUCUGUAUGUUGAGUUUCCGUGCAGUAACAGGCUACAAUGACCCUCUUCGUUGUGUUGGUAACGUUGUACAAGGUUGUCAGCUUCUGACUGUCGACACCAGUAACAAACUUAUCUACUACGUCGACACGACAUCAAACUUCAUCAGAGAGUACAAUACGGCUACAGACACAAGCCGCCAGAUAACAACAGCAUAUGCAGUGUCUGGGAUGGUAUUUGAUUGGACAGAUGGAAACCUGUAUUGGUCUGAAUCUACUACUGGCAAGGUGAAAUAUGUAACGAUAGCAACACUAGCUGCCAAGGAACUUGUAGAUGCCUCUUCACCUCCUUCUCACUUAACUAUAGAUCCACACACCAGGACACUUUUCUGGGUGGAGGGGACAAGUGGAUAUGAAAUGAAGAUUGUAUCAAUGUCCCUUGCCAGCAAUGGGAAAUCCGUCAUACUGACUCAACCAUCACCCGCCUAUAUAAAGGACAUAUUCUUUGAUGUUUCAAGCGACAGAUUGUACUUUGUCCAGUACAGUACACUUACCAGUAUACAGAGAAACGGCAGUGGUAUAGAUUAUGUGUACAGAAAUCUCCCGUUGGGUGUGGAUAAACUGAUUAUCUACAAGAGAUAUGCCAUCUGGUCUAUAACUAUAAGCUCAAAUUUGAAUUCCUUGUCUGUACAAGCAAAAUCUCCACAAACCAUCAAUUUGACAAACAGCAUCGGAGUGAUCACUGGAUUAACAGUUUAUGAUAAUUCACUACAAAGACAGACGAAAGGUCCGUGCUCUCAUUUAAAUGGUGGAUGUGAACAACUUUGCAUGACAGGCGUAAGCGGAACUGCUGUUUGCGCAUGCUCAUAUGGAUUGCAUCUACAACCCGAUGAAAAAAGUUGCACCAGUGUGCCACAAUCUUCCAACUUUCUACUGGUGAUCGACUUUGUGCAUGGCAAACUCUUUCAAAUAUCUACAACGGAUGCACAAAUAACAGCCCUCGACAUUAACGCCGUAGAGAGACCGAUUGAUGCCAUGUUAGAUCCGGAAACAUCAUUUGUUUUUUGGAGCGAAAUAAACGAUGGCACCAUUAGAAAAUCUACACUCAACGGAAGUGAUUCAGAAACAAUUUACAAACCAACAGGUUUUGACUCCUACGUAGACGCCUUGGUAAUGGACCAUUCCAGCGGUAUUCUGUAUUAUGCUGUGUCAGGUGAAGCAGGCACGAACUCACCUGGAAAUGUUGGGGUUUUCAAACCUACUACGGGAUUGGCUAAAACUCUGGUUGAAAGCUUGAACAAUAUAGAGGAUUUAGAUCUGUAUCCGUCGAAGGGGCUGAUGUUCUUUACGCAUCAAGAUCAGGAUAAUACAUUUGUUAACAUCGUUCGAGCUUCAAUGAACGGAAUGUCUUCAAAUGUAAUCAUCGCAUUGGAUUCCAACGACUUCCUUACCAACCUAGCCAUUGACUACACAACUGAUCGACUGUACUGGUCAUCUUUAUAUGGAGAUGUAGAGUGGAGUAGUUUGUCAGGCUCUGGACGGACCAAAUUCAACACACCUUUUAAACGCAUACGCUCUAUUGAUAUAGCUGGAGAUUUUAUAUACCUAACGUCUGAAAGAAAACAAAAAGUCGUAAAGAUGAAUAUUCAAAGUGAGACUGAAGUGGAAUUUAUGGCAGACAACGCCGACUUAGGAUUCUUACUGAACGUACACGUGUACCCAGGACAGGCACAACCAGUGAGUUUCGUGUGUGCAAACAACAAUGGCGGAUGUAGUACCUUCUGUCUACCCUCAUCGUCACCUUCGUCUUCAUACUGCGCAUGUCAGGAUGACACAGACCUCAAGUCGGAUGAUCCUUACACGUGUCAAGGAGUUACACGAUGUCCGUCAGCCAUAUCUAAUGGCAGGUUAAAAGAUCCGUGCACACGUAACGCUGCUGAUGUGUGUACAUUCCAGUGUGAUUCGGGCUAUACUAGUACAGUAGCGUCUGACACAUUGACGUGUGGACAGGAUGGACAGUGGAAUCAAAAUAUACAACUGAUAUGUCAAGUUGAAUCAACUACUGCCGCAACCACAAAGGAUAAUGAUCAGCAGACAAUGGUAUACGUAGGAGCUGGACUUGCUGGCCUGGUAAUCUUAUCGGUCACCAUAGUGACGAUCGUAUGUGUUGUAGUGAAAAGAAGACGUCGCUUAUCAAGUUUAACGGGGAGGAGGAGUGAGCCGAAUGUAUACUAUACACCUAAUCAACAAGCGUCUCACCAACAAGAGAUUUUAGCUUCAGGAUUGUCGGACCAAUGCAUAGAUAACAUAGCAUACUCGUCACAAGUGAAAAGGGCCAGUUGCCAUACCAUGGCACUUCCAACUCCACCAUACUCUGUGAAGCCAGAUCCGACGUAUGAUUCCAUACCUGCAAACCAAAAUUACUACAGUGACCCAGUUCCUCCCUACGAGUCUUCAACACCACCGAUCCAACAUGGUCCUUCAGUGAGGUCGGACACAUUGACGACCUCUGUGAAGAGUGAAGAGUCCGAAUAUAUCACACUGGUUCCCUGAGAAAAUGGACAUUGAGGCAACUACAAUAGAGUGUUGUUAAUUUGCACAAGGCAACAUUAGAUAGUCAUAAUAUCACACCGAAAUAAUUCUUAUCCUAGGAUUGCUUAUCUAAAAGUUUAACAUGUCACUCUAUUUGUUUGAUCCAUCAACUCCUUAAAUGUUCAGUAAAUGUUAUUUUAAGAUACGAUAUAAAUAAAUAAUAUUAUUUACAUAAUUAAGAACCUUUAUUGGAAACUAAAGAUUCCAACUGAUAUAUGAUGAUCUAUAUCUUUACAUAUCAUUAUUGUAUAAAAAGAUUUUAAAAUUAACUGGCUUGUUGAACCUAACCUCAACACACUUCGGCCAUUAAAUACAUUUGUUUUUAUCAUAUUGUGUAAGAAAGCAAGUAAUUCCACAUGAAACUAUGCUUCCGUCAUAUCACUUACACAAAUAUGUACAAUGUACAGCAGGAGCAAAUUUUUUUUUUUUAAUGCAAAAACAAAAAC